AUGUCUUUCCCAUCGAAAACCAUACACAGAGUCAUCAGGGCCCUAUUUGCAACCUUAUAUCUAGUAUGGGUUAUCCUUACCAUCCCACUUGCUUUUGAUGUUGGUGGAGUUAAUUGUGGAUUAGCAUUUUCAUUGACAUUACUAGUCACAUACUUUGUACUCACAACUAUCCAACUACUAGCACGGCAGACUAGAUAUUUCAAAUGGGUUUCCCUUGUUUAUUAUGGCCAACAUUUCCUUAUUCCUAGUUUAUUAACUUAUUUUCUCAGUUAUUAUAGUAACAAAAAUGGUACCAACAUUGAGUCCAAGUUUAAUCCAGUAUUGGUAUGGAAGUUUCUUUUGAUUAAUGCUACACCAAUAAUCACGAUAUUGGAAGGGUUUUGCUCGUUGUUGUUGAUUCAGGCCGUGGGUCAAACUGUCAACUGGUUAACUUUAUACAAGUCCGACUCGUGGUUGAUUAUUUCUUUGAUUGGAAGUGCCGUGGUUGACACUGGUGCAUUUUACUGCUUGUACAGGAUUUAUGUUCUUCCCAUCACAAUUGCCAUACUGGAGUCAUCGCUAUUGGGCUCGUUAUUGACAUUGACAUUUGGCUUGUGCUUAUUUGGAAUUGUUAGUGGUAAGGGAUCAAUGAUUGAAUCAUCAUUGUUGUUUGCAUACAUCGUCAGAUGUAUAUAUGAAACAUUCCCCUUCUUGUCGGAAAGUGCUUCUCAAGCUUUGACAAAUUUGUUGUCACUGGCUUCGCAAAAUGUCCGUAACGAAAUACCCAAAAUCCCUCCGUCGAUUAUGAAUCCAAUCUCGGAACUUGUCCCCUUUUUAACAAAGACUUUCCCGCUUUCGUUCAAGGGGGUAUGGGAAUACUUGGUUGAAGCUUCGCAGAAGUUGCCCUUGUCAUUGUUGCUCAAUUUGGCUUAUCGCAUAGGCGUCUUUUACGCAGCAACCAAAAUCAUCCCAUCAUUGUACAAAUCUGCUUCUUAUCCAUCAACAACACCAUUGCAGCAAAGAUCAAGACAAUCUUCCAGCACGCGUUUAUCUUCUUUAAGCUCAGGUGAACGUGCCCCUUUGAAAUCAAGAAAAUCAUUCCAUCUCAAACCUCCACAUCACCAACCACCCUCAGCGAUUAUACGGCUCAUUUAUGCCUAUUCCCCAUGUUUGAUAAUUGCUGUUUACACACAUUUAAUGUUGUCAUACAUUGGAGAGUUGGGUGUUGAAUUACAAGUGUGGCCCUUGUACGGAAGUUCCGGUACGAAAAUAGUGGUUCAUCCGUGGAAAUUUUGGAACUGGGUCAAUAUGGGAACAACAUUGAUUCUUUAUGUUGCAGAACUACUGAAUAAUGAGAGCUCAUCGGGCGGCGGCAACAGCUUAACAAGUCAUUGGAAGAUAGAGUAG